AUGGGAGAUUUCAAUGCCAUCACAACUAAAGAUGAGAGAGUGGGACACAGAGUAAAAUACCAUGAGGAAUCUGAGUUCAUUGAAUGCUUACAAACCUACCAGUUAGAAGACAUUAAAGCUACUGGUAGUUUCUUUACUUGGACAAACAAGCAACAAGGUCAGGACCGUAUUUUCUCAAAGAUUGAUAGAGUCACGGCUAACCAAAGAUGGUUAGAUGCUUAUCCGAAUGCUGAAGCUUUAUUUUUGAAGGAGGGAACCUAUGAUCAUGCCCCAGGGAUUCUGUCUUUAUUCCCCAAGUGGAAGUGUGGAAAAAAACCAUUCAAAUACUUCAAGAUGUGGAAAUCACACCCUGAAUAUGAUGGCAAAGUUACUGCAGUUUGGAAACAGCAAAUAAAUGGCACCAACAUGUAUCAAAUCGUGCAAAAGUUGAAGGCUUUGAAGAAUGUGUUUUGUGAGAUUAAUCAGAAAGGUUUUUCUGAUUUACAAGCAGUUUUGACUCAAGCUAAACAGCUCCUUGAUGAAGCUCAGAGCAAACUACAUGCAUAUCCACUAAAUGAAGAGUUGCAAUCACAAGAACAUGAUGCUAGGAACUCGUUUAUCUUAGCACAGCAACAUUAUUACUCUUUUCUACAGCAGAAAGCUAAGGUUAGCUGGCUUAAAGAUGGAGACAGCAACACAGCUUUAUUCCACGCAAGUAUCAAGCAAAGGAACAGGCAGAAUCAAGUCUUCUCAAUAGAGAAUGAAUCUGGGGUGAGGGUUUUUGAACCUGAACAGGUUACGGAGGCAUUCAUCUCAUAUUACAAGUCUCUCCUGGGAUCAAAAAUGGCAAGCAGGAAGACAGUUUCUAACAAGAUUCUGAACAGAGGCCCAAAGGUUACUCCCGAACAAGCUAAAUUGCUUACUAGUCCCUUCACAAAGGAGGAUGUCAAGAAAGUUGUUUUUGAGAUCUCAGGUAACAAAGCCCCAGGUCCAGAUGAUUUCUCCAGUUUUUUCUUCCAAGAUAAUUGGGAGCUAGUAGGAGAGGAUGUGUACAUGGCAGUUACUUAA